AUUCCGGUCACGUGGCCUCUCCCUGCCCGCCCCAUGGCCCCGGCAGCAGCCCGACCCCCGUAGCGCCCGCUCCCGCCCCGGGCCCCUCCCGCUGGCAGCAGCCGGCACCCAGCACCGCCCUCACGAUACCUACUAGUAGUGCAAUAGCUGAUGCAGAUUGUUGAUGGAAGUUUGAUGUGGACCCCAGCAAAUAUUACAGCUCCUUACAGACACAAUGGCAACAUCAUCUGAAGAAGUGUUACUGAUUGUAAAGAAGGUACGUCAGAAGAAGCAGGAUGGAGCUCUCUACCUUAUGGCUGAAAGGAUAGCAUGGGCACCUGAAGGCAAAGACCGAUUCACAGUCAGCCAUAUGUAUGCAGACAUAAAAUGCCAGAAAAUCAGUCCAGAAGGUAAAGCUAAAAUUCAGCUUCAGCUAGUGCUGCAUGCAGGGGACACAACCAACUUUCACUUCUCCAAUGAAAGCACAGCGGUGAAGGAGCGAGAUGCAGUAAAGGAUCUUCUUCAACAACUGUUGCCCAAGUUCAAAAGGAAAGCUAAUAAAGAACUUGAGGAGAAGAACAGAAUGCUGCAAGAAGAUCCUGUUUUGUUUCAGCUUUAUAAAGACCUUGUUGUGAGCCAAGUAAUCAGUGCUGAAGAAUUCUGGGCCAACCGUUUAAGCCUGAAUGCAGGGGAUAAUUCUGCAGGCCCUAGUAAGCAGGAUGUGGGCAUCUCUGCAGCAUUUCUGGCUGAUGUACGGCCUCAAGCAGAUGGCUGCAAUGGUCUGCGGUAUAAUUUGACUUCAGAUAUCAUUGAAUCCAUAUUUCGAACAUAUCCUGCAGUCAAAAUGAAAUAUGCAGAAAAUGUUCCACAUAACAUGACGGAGAAGGAAUUCUGGACACGAUUUUUUCAGUCUCAUUAUUUCCAUCGGGACAGGCUCAAUACAGGCUCAAAAGACCUCUUUACGGAGUGUGCCAAAAUGGAUGAAAAAGGGUUAAAAGCAAUGGUGUCUCAAGGGGUAAAAAACCCCCUGAUAGAUUUAACAGCUUUGGAUGAUUACACAUUAGAUGAAGAAUAUGUUGCUUCUAUGGCCUCUACAUCAAAUGCCUCAAAAUCUGCUAGAGAAAGUAGCACCACUGCCAUUAUAAAACGCUUUAAUCAUCAUAGUGCCAUGGUCCUUGCAGCUGGCCUCAGGAAACAAGAAGCACAAAAUGACCAUUACAGUGAGACCAGCAGUACGGAUGGAAACUCCAGGGAUUCAGAUUUCUUUCAGCCACCAAUUAAAAAGGUGAAAUUGCAGGAGGCCAUUGAAUAUGAAGAUUUAUCAAAGAAUAAUAGCAUUAAAACUAUUGCAUUAAACUUGAAGUCUGAUAGGUAUUAUCAUGGUCCAACUCCAAUUCAAUCACAGCAAUAUGCAACCAGUCAGGAUAUAAUUAAUUCUUUUAAUAGUAUUAGGCAAGAAAUGGAAGCAUAUGUACCCAAACUAACUCAGGUCCUUUCAAGUGCUGAUGCUGCUAGCACUAUUGCAGCCCUGUCACCUGGAGGAGCACUUAUGCAGGGUGGAACACAGCAAGCCAUAAACCAGAUGGUGCCAAAUGACAUUCAGUCUGAACUAAAACACUUGUAUGUGGCAGUAGGGGAACUGCUACGACACUUCUGGUCCUGCUUUCCUGUUAACACGCCAUUCCUAGAAGAAAAGGUUGUGAAAAUGAAGAGCAACUUGGAAAGAUUUCAGGUUGCAAAGCUCUGCCCAUUCCAAGAAAAGAUUCGGAGACAGUAUUUAAGCACAAAUUUGGUAAGUCAUAUAGAAGAGAUGCUGCAGACGGCCUACAAUAAGUUCCAUACAUGGCAGUCCCGGCGUAUGCUGAAGAAGACGUGAAAGUGCAUGCUGUACAGGUUUGAGAGCGAAAUCUGCAAUAGGUAUAGGAGUACAACCUAGCAUAUGUGCAGAUCUUGUAGUUGUUGCAGGAAGACCUGCAAGCUGCGGACUUCUGGAAAUGAUGCUAACUGAACUUGCACAUUUUUUGAAAAAGAACUGAGAUUAAACUUGAAAACUAGGGAGAAAAACCAAGAAAGAACCAAAACAGAAGAGCUGAGGCGCAGAAAUAUUUAAAAGACAUUGUUUACUGCAGUUACUCAGGAACUGCUUUUGAUUUGCGUAAAGAGCUGCUUUCAUAAAUAAAAAAUUUAAAGAGGGUGUAUUAAUAAAAAUCCAUUUUUCUGUCUAAUUUUUUUUUUAAGAAGUGUAUGGCACAGGGUAGAACUCAAAACGUUUCCUUCACUGGAUUCUGACAUUUUACUGAAUUCUGUACUUUCUGCAACAGUUUAAGAAUGAUAUUUUGAAGUACAGCUGAGACUGGUUUUGCUUCAAACAUCUGGGAGAGUAUAGCUGUUGGAAGACAAGCUUCUGCCAUGUUUCCCCACCAAUUGGAAACGCGACAUUGCACUGAAAGCUGUUUGUUGUCUGGGGUCCCUAAAGGCACGUGGGGGCAAACUUUUGCCUAAAGUCUUGGAUUUUUAUGCAGAAUUUUUCCAGCCAUGGGUUUUGCAUGUUUUCCUUUGAGUGCAAGUGUGUGCUACUGCAGUUUUGGUUUGUUUUUUUUUUUAUGGUGGUAUUUGUUCUGAGGAGAGAAUGAAUUUUUAAAGAUGAAGUUAAAUAAAGUUUCUUACAAAAGAAGGCAUUUAUUUUCAAUUCUUAGACAUUUUUUAUUUCUUCUCCUAUGUCUGUUUUCCUUCACUCUUCCCUUUUGACUGUUACACUGUUUUUGGUGAAUUGAUAAUCAUUGCAAAAAGAAAAAUGUGUUAUUUAUCCAGUGUCCAUAGAUACUGGGAAUCUGUGCCAUACUUUGUUCCAAAUAGAAUCAGUUCACAAUUUCAGACCAACAUGUCUUGUAUUAAAUGUGACUUAAAUGCAGAGUGAACCCGUUAUCUAUAAUAUAUGCAGUUUAAUGACAUCCUUGUAUUUUGUUGUCAUCUUGACUGUACAGAAGCCCAGUAUGGGCUACAGAAUUUUUUUUACUUCUGACUAAAUGUGACUGGUAGAGUAUAAGAUGCUUUUACUACAAAGACAAAUCAGAGUGAGAGUAUGUAUUCAAAGCAAGCACAGCAGUGUUCAGCACAGCAGAAGAAAUUCCCCUUAGCCUGCAUGAUGGCUUUAAUACUAGAUUUUGCCAUCAUUGGUAUGAAGCUGAAACAUGAUAUUGUGAUGUUGGGUGGAUAACUCGGAAAUUCUUAUAGAAGAUGUAUUUGUAUAGCCAAGUCUGUGCUUGUUCUGUGCUGCUGCUCCAUUUAUGCAAGAGGUUUGUUUUUUUUUUUUAUUCAACUGGUGCAUGGAAGUCAGCAGCUGCUUUUUACCUUUUUUUUAAUCAUUAUUUUUGUAUGAUGCUAAUAUUUUGGUAAAAGCUGAGUUUCAGUAAAUGCCACUGCCUGCCUCAAAAUUCUGUUUGGAAAUGUAAUGCAUAUUGUUAAGCCUAGUUUUCCUGUCUGCUUCUGCAGAUAGAUACAUGAUACCUGCUCUGUGAUGUUAAUGUGGUUCUGCUACCAGAAAUGACUGGGCUCAACAAGAGUUAUUUUUGAUAGGGUGAAAGUGUCAUUAGGAAUAAACAGAUGUAUGUACAGCAAUUGGGGGAUGAGGUGUAUAUCUUGUCAAGAGUUACCUCUUGUGCUAAACUGUUUCUCUAAAAUUUAGGUUUAGGGUAUUCCUUCAUCAAGCCUAAUCCUCUUGUAAGUGCAGGCAGCUCCCAAAAAGAAAGGGUAGUUUUGUUCUCCCCCACUCCAAAGCACUUGAUCUAGCAAUUCUUGGCCAAAUUUCAGCUGUUUAGUGAAAGCUGUAACACCUUUCAUGAUAUCAGAGGGCUAUGUUCAAGAAAGUACAUCUGAUUUAUGUUGUAACUGUGCCUGAAGCUAUGAACAACGUGUUUUGAGUAUGAGACUGUACUGAGACUUCAUUUAAAAGAAAA